AAAGUAAAAAUGAAAAGGUCUUUUAGACCUUCCCUUCCUCUUCGAAUUUUUUGUUUCCCAAAUGUUUCGUGUUUCACUUAUCCUCGACUUGGUGCUAGGCUCAUUCUUCCACAGCCAAAAUCGACCGAUUGGAAACUGGUAAAUAAAUUGGUUUCCCUGUGSAUUGUAAAACCUCUAGACGACUGAGGACGAGCACGCUAUUGCACGCUAUACAUUCCCUGCAAAAGUAUAUUUAUUUUGCAGCAAGAAUAUCCAUCACUAUUAGCUCAUUCAUCAAGUUAGAACUUCCAAACUUCACUUGCACAUAGUUUACAUUGAAAGGAAUCUUGUCCAGAAGUUCUAACAAGGAAACAAUGAUGGAGGUUUCGUCCACUUUGAACGUUCCUCGUUCUCCUGACACGAGUUUACUACUGACAAAACGGCGGUGCCCUUUUGGWGAGUCUCCACGAGGGAUGAAGGUGUCUGGAUCUAUUAACAGUGACGAUAAUACGACCAAUAGUCGUACUGGUCGUGGUGCCUUGAGUUACGAGAAUAUCGAGAACGGAGGUGAAAGUGCAUUCCAAAUUCUGAUGCAAAGCCAACAGAAUCAACAUCCGGAUGAAUCAAGCUCAAGUCCCAUGACUUCAAGCAAGUGCUGGCUAUGUGAAAAACAUUAUGAGACAAUGCCUUGUGCAUUCUGUGAACGAGCAGUUUGUGAAAUGUGUGUUCGUCAGUGUACAAAGUGUUUUGGAGUCUUUUGCUCUUGUUGUGCAACUGUAAAGUAYGAUAGUCAUGAGGACAGAGCACUUUGUUUAGGAUGUAACAGCGAAGAGCUCAAGAAGAAAAGAGUCAAAGCAGUUCCAUGUCAUCGUGUUUGGAAAGGUUAAGACUGCAUCAAUCUAGAUCAAGCUUUGCAUUAYCACUGAUGCUAUUCUGUAUUUUUGUUUUGUAAAUAAUAAUUUACAUAUGCUGUAAUUAUCCAUUGCAUUAGCCUACAUUAGCCUCCUUGGCAGUAACUGUCUUUGAGUGGUUGGGCUUCCUUUGGCAAGAUGUGGGGAGACUGAGGACUGAGGACAUUUUUUCAUCCCCAUUCCCCCAGUCGUCUUCAGAGACUGAGAGUGUAGGAGGCUAAACCUGUGUGACUUUGUGAUUGGAUACAAGUAGAGUUCAAACACUAAAAAUGUAAAAAAGUACUAACCAAAUGGUGCCGAAUUAAGUAGAUUAGACAAUAGAAAACAAAGGAAUUUGCAGGAUUAAUUAUACUGUAAAAGGUAGCACUUUCAUGGUUUUAGUGUUUGCACUCUGUCUUUCUAUUUUCAAAAAUUAUCCUUUUUCUAUUUAGAAAUUUUUUGUGGUACAUGUACUUUGUGUAAUUAUAUGAGAGAAUUUUGGUGAUUUUAUAGCAGAACAACAUGGAUGCAUUCUUCAUUUCCAUGUGAUUAUAUGCUCUUUCAUAUGCAAAUUGAAGCUAUAGUUUUUGAAAAAUAAAAUAUUGCUUUUUGAUAAAGUGUUGAGUAAAUAAUUCAUCUUUGAGGAAGAAUCCUUUAAUCCAUCAAUCCUGUUACUUCUUGCUGUUCUCCAAGCAGUGUUAAUGUUGAAAGUAAUGUCAAGGUCUUCCACAAUGUAAUGUCAAAAUUUUCCACAGUGUUCUCCGUGCAUACUUAAAUAAGUGGCUAAUUUUGAUUCAUUACAAAAAGUCUUAAAAUAGAAUUGAAUAGCACUCUUGAUGASCAGAGAAGACCAGAAGGAAUUUUAGAAAUGUGAACAUAUAAAAACCCUGAAGUAAUUCGUGUUUCUAAAAUUAAAGUCAAUUAAAUAUUAAAUACCUUUUG